AUGUUGGCAGUCAGUGACAUAUUGUCAAUUUGGUAAUGUUUGCGUUUAAUCGUUACAAGUGAACGAAAAUCAAUGAAUUAAUAAUGUACAGUUGAUAAUGACUAGUCGUUUAUUAAAUAAAGAGAAUCUAAGAGAAGACGAAGAAUAUAAUUGUGAAAACUUUUCGCCGUUACGACAGGAAAAUCUAAAUUUGAGAGUAAUGGACGAGAGUCUGGAGAGACAGCCUGAAAGUAAUAAAAGGAAGUAUCGAGAGGAUUAUCGUAGCCACUUUCGACAUGAAAGGUCAGAUGGUCAUCGAGAGAAAAGGCACUCCCACAGGGACAAACACCACAGGGAUCGACGCCACCGCUCUCAAGACCGCGACAGAUCUCGCCACCAUCACCGCAAAAAAUCACAUAAAAACGAAAAAGAUAGUAAAGGUAACUUACUAGGAUCAGAAACAGAUUCAUGUAAGUAUGAUGUACAGAGAGUGAAAGAUUUUAGAAAUUCAAAUCGUGACUCAGAGAAUCAUAGGAGAAAUGAAUCAAGUACAGUAGCAGUUCAACCUGAAGACUCUAAAACGUAUAGUGAAAUUCUAGAAGACGAUUUAAAAGAAUUAAACGACGAAGAGACACCACCCACACCCAAACAAAUUAAACUAGAAGAAGAAGACGACGUAGAGGAAGAAAGCGAUGUCAGCUUCGAGAGUGAGAUGGAGAAAGAAGCAGACGAAACGGUAGAAAAAAUCGAGUUUGAUGAGAGCCUGCCCCCUUAUUAUCCGGCGAUUGAAGGGUGUAGGUCCCUGGAUGAGUUCCAGUGCUUGAAUCGGAUAGCAGAGGGGACAUACGGGGUGGUUUAUCGAUUUAGAGAUAAAAGAACUGAAGAUAUAGUUGCAUUAAAGAAGCUAAAGAUGGAAAAGGAAAAAGAAGGGUUUCCUAUAACGUCCCUAAGAGAAAUUAACACUCUACUAAAGGGACAGCAUCCUAAUAUUGUUACCGUAAGAGAGAUAGUCGUCGGUAGUAACAUGGAUAAGAUUUUUAUAGUUAUGGAUUAUAUAGAGCACGAUCUUAAAUCGCUCAUCGAAAUGAUGAGACGUAAAGACUUACAUUUUACACCUGGAGAAGUGAAGUGUCUGCUGAAACAACUGUUAGCGGCUGUGGCGCACUUGCACGAUAAUUGGAUUCUGCACAGAGAUUUGAAGACUUCGAACUUAUUGUUAUCACACAACGGGAUUUUGAAGGUCGGGGAUUUCGGGCUGGCUAGAGAAUAUGGAUCACCGUUGAAGCCUUACACACCCAUCGUGGUCACUUUAUGGUACAGGGCACCAGAGUUGUUGUUAGGCGUCAAAGAAUAUUCCACUCCCAUCGAUAUGUGGUCCGUCGGAUGCAUUUUUGCCGAGUUCUUACUGAUGAAUCCACUUUUCCCCGGAAAAUCAGAAGUGGAGCAACUCAACAGAAUGUUCAAGUGUCUAGGUAGUCCCACGGAGAAGAUCUGGCCCGGUUUUAACAAACUACCCGUCGUUCAAAAAACGAAAUUCAUUCACCACCAGCCGUCAAACUUGCGAAAAAAGUUCCAAAUGCUGAACGAUUUGGGUCUGAAUUUUUUAUUAAAUUUCCUUUCUUACGAUCCUCACCAAAGAGUAACAGCCGAAGAGGCAUUAAAGCAUCCAUUUUUUAACGAAUUUCCACCUCCGAUCGAUCCUUCGCAGUUCCCUAAGUGGCCGGCUAAAAGCGAGGCGAACCACAAGAGGGCGGCUGCUCCUAGCCCCAAAGCACCCUCUGGCGGCGGCGAGUAUAAAAAACUGGUAAGUUUACAGACGCCUGAAUUUCCACCCUACAGGAAUCGUGUGUUGUUGCAGGGGGACGAAGACGGCUUCAGGAUAGGAGUAGAGACCGAGGUCAGCAGAAUCGGCGCAGGGUUCAGUUUAAAGUUUUAAAAGUGUUAAUUUUUUAUCAAGAUUUAUUUUAAUGAAUAAAUCAGGUUUUUGAAA